GGUGACCCACCUGUCUGUCAUUGUAUAAUUCGCACUCUAGGUUUUGACCUUAUCUUGAUUAGAUAGAAGUACGUGCGCAGUGGAUUAUAUAUUCAUUGCAAAAAGAAAAUUAUCGUCAGAAGGGUAUGGCGUCGUAUUGAUAAACUAAGCUCAGUUGUGAGAGUUUGUAUUUUUCCAUUUGUAACCAGAAGGGGGCUGAUAUCCAGUGGCAACACGCAGUUUUCCAGUUAAGUUUCGUUUUCGUUGGUCGCAGCCUUACCACCUCAUCUGAUCAUGGCCGACGUGGCGGAAACUCCGUUAUCUCUGAUGAGUCUGGAGGAUGAGCUGACCUGCAGCAUCUGUCUGAGCACCUUUGACUGUCCGGUGACCACCCCCUGCGGACACAACUUCUGCCAGGACUGUCUGCUCGCUACCUGGAAGGAGACCCAAAGAUGUCCUCAGUGUCGGACACCAAUCCCCACCAAACCGGAGCUGAAGAAAAACACGGUCCUCAGCGCCGUCGUGGAGACUUUCAACUUGAGCUCGAACAAGACCGAAGACAGCCUGAUUAAAGAGGAGAAAAAGGCCGAGGAAAAGGAGGAUGUCAUACGGUGUGAUACAUGUAUGGAAGCAGAGGCGUCCCAGACGUGCUUCACCUGCAUGGCCUCUUUCUGUGAGGAGCACCUUCGUCCUCACCGGGAAAACCCAAAGUUUGCUGUCCACCAGCUGAGCGAUGUCGUCGGUGACCUGUCGGAGCGCAUCUGCCCGGACCACAACAAGCUGAUGGAGCUCUUCUGCAGCCAGCAUGACCGUCCAAUCUGCAGCCUCUGCCUCCAAAAUGUGCACAAAGGCUGCUCCUUCAUCUCCCCUGAGGAGCAGAGGAACCUGAAAGAGUCCGAACUCAGUGACAAGUUGAGUUUACUGGACGGGAAGAUUGAGAAGACUGAGACUGUUACGUUUCAGAUGAAUGACAUGCGAAGCAAGCUGAUGGAUGGAGCAGCCAAAAGAAAGGCAGCACUGGCGGCUGCGUAUCAGCAGAUGCGGGACAUGUUGGCCCAAGAGGAGCAGGAGUCCCAAAAUGAGGUGGACCGUGAGCUGGAGACUGGUCAGACAAAACUUCAGGACCUCAUGAAGAAGUUUACUGACAAUGCUGUACAGAUGAGAAAGGCCAGAGAAGAUAUCAGCGAGCUGCUGAGUCAGUCCCAGACGCCAUCCUUUCUACAGGCUUCAUUCGACUUGCCCUGGGUUGUAAAGUUUGAGCCUUACAUUCCCCGAAUCAGCCUGGACUCCAAGAAAGUGACAGCGACACAGGCCUUUGCUGUUGCACUGAAGGAGCAUCUGACAGAGACCCUUAAACAGCCCGUUGAGGCCAGACUACCAAUAAUUAAACCCGAACUGAACAGUGGCAUCUACGCAUCUGGUGAAAAACCAGCUCCAGUCUCUGGACCUGCAGGUUAUGGAAGAACUGGAUCUCAGCCAGAAUAUGAACCAUCAGAGCCUCCAGAGCAGAGAAGACCACCCAGGUCCCACAGUCCAGGUUGUCCACCCAUUCAGCCAUACUUCCAGCCGGUUCCUGUACCUAUGUUUAACUAUAUGGGCUCACAGCCAGGCUGGAAUCAAUCCCAGUAUUCACAUGGCAUGGCACCCAAUUUUAAUAGGGCUCCUCCCUUUAAGACUGGACAGAAGACACACAAGAAAAGUGACACCAGUCACCAGCCGCCCCACGGCAAGAAAAGUGACACCAGUCACCAGCCGCCCCACAAGCAAGAUCAUAAGAAACCCGGUGCUCCAGGUGGAAAUAAACCAGGGGCAACAGGACCUGCCAGGAAAGAUAAUCCCAAAAGUCAUCCUCCUUCACAGAAACCAGCCGGACACCAUCCACGGCCCAAGAAAAAUUAGUCCUGAAACGAUGAGGGACUGUAAGAUAUGUGCAUCGUAAAAAUGAGAUUAUCAGUCAAUCACACAGUAGGAAAUGAUACUAUCCUGUUGCUUAAAUCAUCAGUAUACACGCAUGCAUCGACCUAGCCUUUGGCACUUACUUGCAUUACUUACUAUUUUGGAAAUGAACACAACAUUCAAUAUUCAGCUCUCUUGAGCUCAGUGUUUGUUACAUUGAUAAAUGAUUAACACAUCCUUAAUUACGUCAGGAUCACGGCUUUAUGUUUGAUUUAAUUAACAACAGAGACAUGAGGUUUAUAUAUGAAAAUAUUUAUGGGAAUGUCUUCAAAUUCAAAAUGUUGCUUCAUUACAUUCAGUUCAAUCAAAAUCGGUUUUUGUCACCUACAGUAGCAAAUUCACCAAAACCCUCUUUCCCACCAUCUUUGUAAACAGCUUCGAUUUACAUGAUUGUUACCAAUAAAAGCUUAUUUUUUCCCCAGA